UCUACUGGGGCUGACUUGCAAAAAGGCAGAGAAAGAGCGGGAAAGCCUGAAGGCAGGGUGACCAGAUGUCAUAACCUUAACAGGAGGACAAGGAAUCGCAAAACGUAGGAUGUUCUAGAAAAAAGGAGGGCAUGACCGAAAGAAAACUUAAAGAUACUUACUAUAAAUUCAUGCUUCAUAGUCAUGCUCCAAAUGGAGGACAUUUGAGAAUACCUCCUGAACAGAAAGAUGAGGAUGAAAUGGAGAGCAUGUCCUGCAAAAGGAGGACCUCUGGGCAACCUGAAGACAAAGAGUUCAAGGAUAAAUGGCAGGGAAAAAAGUAUUAAUUGUCUAUGCACACCAAGAGCCCAAAUCUCUGAAUGGGUCCUUAAAAGCCAUUGCAGUGGAGGAACUGAGCAAGCAGGGUUCCGAUGUCACUGUUUCUGAUCUGUAUGAUAUGCAGUUUGAGCCGAGAACAACAAGAACGGACAUAGUAGGCGAUCUCUACAACCCAGAACAGUUUAAUUAUGGAGUUGAGGCAUGGGAGGCUUGCAAAAAUGGGUGCCUGUCUGAAGAUCUGAUUGAAGAGCAGAGGAAAGUGAAAGAAGCUGACUUGUUGAUUUUUCAGUUUCCUUUAUAUUGGUUCAGCAUGCCAGCAAUCAUGAAAGGUUGGAUGGACAGAGUUUUCAUCCAAGGAUUUGCUCACGAUUUCCCAAAGUGUUUUGAUUCUGGUUUACUAAGGUAUAAUAAAAAAGCCUUGCUUUCAUUUACCACUGGAGGAGAUCAAGGAAUGUAUUCAAAAGAAGGACUCAGUGGUGAUAUUCGUUGGGUUCUGUGGCCCAUGCAGCAUGGGAUAUUGCAUUUCUGUGGCCUCAGUGUCCUGGCUCCUCAGAUAUGCUUUGCACCAGAAUAUGUGGCCUUGGAGGAGAGAAAGCAAAUGCUGUCAUCUUGGGCAAAGCGGCUGAAGACCAUCUGGGAGGAGAAGCCUAUAAACUGCAUUCCAGAGUGGUAUUACAACAUCUGAGAAGAAAGAUCAAAUAUAUGUUCUUCUUCCCACCUAGUUACUUUAGGUGGGGGUAGGGGGCACUGACUUCAUUAUUAUUCCCCUACCCCACAUCCUCAGCUGUUUUUCUGUAUGGAAUGAAUAAAUUUUAA